UGGUCUCAUUUCGGUCUGGUCCUGGCCACGGUUCAGUUCUUCGCUAGUGCACAACCAGUGUUCGAAUUCUAUUUAGUGAAACAUACCCAAUCAUCUACCCCACCCCGGGAUGAAUUUACUGCCGGCCGAAGUGAAGUGCCCCUAAUUGGAACUGAUUGGACUUUCAAACGAUGGGGAUGUGGCUACCGCUGUCGACACUGACGGCACUGUGUGUCCUGCUGGAUGUUACCCUCGAUGUGCGUGUCAGUGGUGCCGCGGCCAGUGCCGACGAUGCGCUCGAGGUAACGUUCAGCGAGCGGACCCAGGCCGACUGGGAAAAGGUUUGGCACCAGGAAAGUCACUCCCGCUGCCGGGAGAAACUGAUCCGGCAUCUGUACUGGGCCUGCGAGAAGGAUAUCUACCGGAUCUCGCGACGGAAUGAUUUCUCUGGGACGGAGAUGAAACUGGCGAAGCGUACGAGCGUUCAACCGUUGCUAUCUCGGUGGACCAUCAGUGCGGAGCAGGCGCAAAGCUUUCUGCGCACUCGUCGUACCGGAAAGCGCCGCUCGGGUGGUUCGAUUACGGCAGAAUGCUGCACCCGGAUUGGUUGCACCUGGGAGGAAUACGCCGAGUACUGUCCAUCGAACAAACGCAUCAACCGCUACCGGAAGUAG